AUGGCCGCUAUCCGCCACCUCACAUCUAAGCUUGCGCAGCAGAUCGACGAGGAGCUCAUGAGCGCUUCGGGAUCGCAAUUUAGUCUAGACCAGCUCAUGGAGCUUGCUGGUCUGGCUUGUGCGCAGACGCUGGCUACAGUGUAUAAGAAUGACAAGUACCCUCGCGUUCUAGUUUGCUGCGGGCCAGGCAACCAGGGCGGCGACGGACUGGUGGCCGCUCGCCAUCUUCGCAUGUUUGGAUACAGUCCUUCUGUUUAUAUGCCCAAGCCUGGGUCAAAGGACAUAUACAAGCGCCUUCAGCAUCAAUGCACUGUGAACGACAUCCCAAUUCUCAAUGUGCAACCUGACCCCAUUGCUACCCUCAAAUCCGCCCUCGACAAUACCGACGUCGUCCUCGACGCUAUCUUCGGCUUCUCCUUCCAACCGCCCAUCCGCUCGCCCUUCGACGCAGUCCUCCGCCUGAUCAAGCAGUCGAAGAAGCCCGUCAUGUCGGUAGAUAUCCCAAGCGGUUGGGAUGUCGAAGGAGGCAAUGUCCACGACGACGCCGAGAGCGGGAGCAAGGUCGGCUUGGAGCCAGACGUUCUUAUCAGUCUGACGGCGCCGAAGGAGGGCGUGCGUCUCUUCCAGGGGCGUCACUUCCUAGGUGGCCGCUUCGUGCCAGGCGCACUUGCGGAGCGGUACCAGCUCAAUCUACCGCCGUACCCGGGCUUCGACCAAAUCGUCGAGCUUCCGAGGGGAGGGAAGCUAUAA